AUGGCUACACCACUUGAUACCAGCAGACACUCGAACGAUGGGUUCCAAGACUUUUUGAGCAAAGAUGAGGAGCAUGAUAUGCUAUUUACACAAGAGAGUGUAGCACUGGAACGUCGAAUGCAGACGUUGGGUCUUCGAGACGGUCUCGAGCUUGGCAAGGAAGAAAUGCUUCAAGAAGGUUUUGAUCGAGGUUUUAUUCAAGGAGCAACACGUAGUUUUUAUUAUGGAAGACUUCGAGGGGCAUUGGAAACGGCAAGGGCCUGUGGUCUUUUUGACUCGAUCAUGAUGACGCAAGCACAAACGUGCAUGUCCCAGUUAAAAUCACUUGAGAUGGACACUACUACAAAUAAGGUCCACAAUGAUCUUGUUACAGCAUGCGAAGUAAAGGCGAAAGAUUUAUUAACGAGCAUUGGAAUCGACGUAUCGACGUUUUCACACUGA